GAAGAAGCGGAAGCAGCAGCGGCAGCAAAGGAAGAAGCAGUAGCUUCGCUGUUGUUUUUAUUUUCUCUAAAGUUAUUAAUGAUUAUUCCAGAAUAACGAGCGCGGCUGUUAAAGAAGAGGAGCCGCUGUUACACGUUUCACCAAAAUGAAGCUCAACAUCGAGGGUCUGUUGGUGUAUUUUCCGUAUGACUACAUCUAUCCUGAGCAGUACUCCUACAUGCUGGAGCUGAAGAGGACGCUGGACGCCAAGGGCCAUGGAGUCCUGGAGAUGCCAUCAGGAACAGGGAAGACCAUCUCUCUGCUGUCUCUCAUCGUUGCCUACCAGAGGGCUUUUCCUUUGGAAGUGACCAAGUUAAUAUACUGCUCCAGAACAGUUCCUGAGAUCGAGAAGGUCGUGGAGGAGCUGAGAAAGCUGAUGGAGUUUUAUUCUAAGGAAACUGGAGAAAGCAACAACUUCUUGGCUUUGGCUCUUUCCUCAAGGAAAAACCUCUGCAUCCACCCUGAGGUGAGCUCUCUGCGCUUCGGUAAGGAGGUUGAUGGGAAGUGUCACAGUCUGACAGCAUCGUACAUUCGUGCACAACGCCACAGCAACCCCGACCAGCCUGUCUGUCGUUUCUAUGAGGAGUUUGAUGCUGUCGGCCGACAGGUGCCUCUUCCUGCUGGCAUCUAUAACCUUGAUGACCUGAAGGACUUUGGCAGGAGGAAAGGAUGGUGUCCUUACUAUCUGGCACGCUACUCCAUCCUACACGCCAACAUUGUGGUGUACAGCUACCACUACCUGCUGGACCCAAAGAUAGCUGACCUGGUGUCCAAAGAGCUGGCCAAGAAGUCUGUAGUGGUGUUUGAUGAGGCUCAUAACAUCGACAACGUUUGCAUUGACUCCAUGAGUGUGAACAUCACCAGGCGAACGCUGGACCGCUGCCAGAACAAUGUGGACACACUGCAGAACACCAUACACAAGAUAAAGGAAACGGACGCUGCUAAGCUGAAGGAAGAGUACAGGCGACUGGUGGAGGGGCUGAAGGAAGCCAAUGUUGCCAGGGAAACAGACAUCUACCUCGCAAAUCCAGUGUUACCAGAUGAAAUUCUUCAAGAGGCAGUCCCUGGGACUAUUCGCACCGCUGAGCACUUUGUUGGUUUCUUGAGGCGUUUCCUGGAGUAUCUGAAAUCGCGUCUCAGGGUCCAACAUGUUGUACAGGAGAGCGCCCCACAGUUCCUCAAAGACAUCUUUGACAAAGUCUGCAUCGACCGCAAACCUCUGAGGUUUUGUGCAGAGCGCUUGCAGUCAUUACUACGAACUUUGGAGAUUGCCGACAUCGCAGACUUCUCAGCUGUUACUCUCAUCUCUAACUUUGCCACCCUGGUCAGCACCUACAGCCAAGGUUUCACUAUCAUCAUCGAGCCCUUUGAAGACAGAACACCAACCAUCGCCAACCCCGUGCUGCACUUCAGUUGCAUGGACCCAUCUAUAGCCAUCAAACCUGUUUUUCAAAGAUUUCAGUCAGUCGUCAUCACCUCAGGGACACUCUCUCCGCUGGACAUCUACCCCCGAAUCCUUGACUUCCGCCCUGUUACCAUGGCAUCCUUCACCAUGACGCUGGCACGGACCUGCCUCUGUCCCCUGAUUGUUGGAAGGGGAAACGACCAAGUGGCUCUGAGCUCAAAGUUUGAGACCAGAGAAGACUUUGCUGUGAUUCGUAACUAUGGCAACCUGCUUCUGGAGAUGUCUGCCAUCGUUCCUGACGGCAUUGUGGCGUUUUUCACCAGCUACAUCUACAUGGAGAACAUUGUGGCAUCUUGGUAUGAACAGGGUAUCCUGGAGAAUAUCCAGAGAAACAAACUUAUCUUCAUUGAGACCCAGGAUGCUGCAGAGACAAGCAUGGCCCUGGAGAAAUACCAGGAGGCAUGUGAGAACGGCAGAGGAGCCAUCCUCCUGUCUGUGGCCAGAGGAAAGGUUUCUGAAGGAAUAGAUUUUGUGCACCACUUUGGCCGGGCAGUCAUCAUGUUCGGAGUGCCUUACGUUUACACACAGAGCCGUAUCCUAAAGGCUCGUCUGGAGUACCUUCGGGAUCAGUUUCAGAUCAGAGAGAAUGACUUCCUAACGUUUGAUGCCAUGCGUCACGCAGCUCAGUGUGUGGGCAGAGCCAUCAGAGGCAAGACCGACUACGGACUCAUGAUUUUUGCUGACAAGCGUUACGCCCGAGCAGACAAACGUGGGAAGCUUCCUCGCUGGAUCCAGGAGCACAUCAACGACGGCAGUCUGAACCUCACCGUGGACGAGGCUGUCCAGCUCUCCAAGCACUUCCUGCGGCAGAUGGCUCAACCUUUCAGACAGGAGGACCAGCUGGGUCUGUCUCUGUUGACUCUCGAGCAGCUGGAGUCAGAGGAGAUGCUGCAGAAAAUCACUCAGAUUGCUCAUCAGACGUGAAGGUGACAUACACUGUAUAAUGUCAUUAUCAUGGCAACACCCAUGAUGGAGUCACAAAAACAGAAGCAGAUGUGUUGGAAAUAACUCAUCACCAGUGUGUAAACACAUCAUUUUAACAACAGGAAUGUUGAUUACAUCUGUGGGUGUAACACACACAGUAUUGCUCUUACUUACUACUACUACUGUAACUGUACAUAGUCACACUGUAUCAUGAACGUAAAUAAUUGUGUAUCUGUUUUUCAACAAAGUUUGGAAUACACAUGUUUGU